AGAUACUAAAAAUCUCCUUGGUCUAAUUAAAACGCCUUAUUUUAUAUAUUAUAUAAAGGGUUGCAUGAUCUAUAUCCAUUGAGGAUCACCCAUCAUCCAGAGGAUCGGAGAGAAUGAGAAAGAUCUGGCUCUGACAAUCUUUCUUCUUUUUAGUCAUAGAUCUUCAGAGAGAAUAUAAUGAAGAUGGAUGUGGCAUUAAUGGUGGCAGUUAUUUUGGGAUUGAUUUUGAAUGCGGCCGUUAUUUGCAGCGCCGGAAUCACCAGCAUUUUCCUGAGGAAAAUUGAGAAAACUGUGGAUAUGCCUCUAGACAGCGACGUCUUCCAAGCGCCUCCUGGCUAUAAUGCGCCUCAACAGGUUCAUAUUACACAAGGAGAUCAUGUGGGGAAAGCAAUGAUUGUGUCAUGGGUCACCAUGGACGAACCGGGUUCGAGUGUAGUGUCGUAUUGGAGUGAGAACAGCAAUCACAAGUUAGAAGCCACAGGAAAAGUGACUACCUAUAAGUUCUAUACUUACACUUCUGGUUACAUUCAUCACUGCACUAUAAGACAUUUGGAGCACAAUACCAAAUACUACUAUGAAGUGGGAAUGGGGUACACGACGCGAACCUUCUGGUUUGUGACUCCACCUCAAGUUGGACCUGAUGUUUCACAUACUUUUGGUAUUAUAGGGGAUCUUGGCCAGAGUUUUGACUCAAACAGGACACUCACACAUUAUGAACUGAAUCCAAUCAAGGGGGAUGCAGUACUGUACGUUGGAGAUCUCUGCUAUGCAGACAAUUACCCUAACCAUGAUAAUGGAAGAUGGGAUACAUGGGCUAGAUUUGUUGAGAGAUGUGUUGCUUAUCAACCUUGGAUUUGGACUACAGGAAACCAUGAAAUAGAUUUUGCUCCUGAAAUCGGUGAAACAAAACCCUUUAAGCCUUUUACUCAUCGGUAUCAGGUUCCCUAUAAAGCAUCUAAUAGCACUGCACCUUUUUGGUAUUCAAUCAAGCGUGCAUCAGCAUAUAUCAUAGUUUUGUCUUCCUAUUCAGCAUAUGGAAAAUACACUCCUCAAACCCAAUGGCUUGAAGAGGAACUGCCAAAGGUGAACAGGAACGAAACGCCAUGGUUGAUUGUUCUUGUGCAUUCUCCAUUGUACAACAGCUACCAAUAUCACUUCAUGGAAGGAGAGACUAUGAGAGUGAUGUAUGAGCCUUGGUUUGUGAAGUACAAAGUCGAUAUUGUUUUCUCAGGUCACGUUCAUGCCUAUGAACGCUCUGAGCGUGUGUCAAAUGUUGCCUACAACAUUGUUAAUGGGCGGUGCAGUCCUGUCCGAGACCUGUCUGCCCCAAUGUACAUUACAAUUGGCGACGGAGGAAACAUUGAAGGCCUAGCCUAUGAGAUGACAGAACCGCAGCCGCAGUAUUCGGCUUUUCGCGAGGCGAGUUUUGGGCACGCAACUUUAGAAAUCAAUAACAGAACCCACGCUUACUAUAGCUGGCAUCGCAAUGAAGAUGGAUAUGCUGUACAAGCAGAUUCAAUGUGGGUUUCAAACAGAGUUUGGCACCCGGUUGAUGAUUCUACUACUGCCAAACAGUGAUGCCAUGCCAGUGUCUUUCUCCAAUAUUUUUUCUACCUUUCUAGGCAACGUAAUGUGUAAUGAUAAAUCCAUAUUCCAACUGACAUCAAUAUACCCGUUGCUUAGGAGCUUUUGGCUUUUGCAGAUUGCAUUGUGUAUGUGUUUCAAAAUGUGUUUAAUGACAAGUGCAUUUAGAGUA